AUCUAUCUAUCUAUCUAUUCACUCUUCACUUCCACCACCGCCAUUCCUUAUUCUUAUUCUUUCUCUCCAAUUAUAUGUGAUGCGCAUGCCAACACUUUCUAAAGUUGAAUAAUGGCUGUUGAGGCUUCUGACAAACCAGUUUUGCCCAACAAGUUUGAUGAUGACGAUGAUGAUAAUAUGCCGUUAACUAUAAAACGGUACUCAUCGAAUAAGAAAAGCCAAUUGCAUUCAGAUGUAAAGAAGUCAACUUCACAUAGUCAAGAUGGUCAUACAUACAAGAGGAUUUCUGGCGUGCCUUCUUCAAAUGGUCAAUCUUCUAGCUCUAGUGCACAGAGGGGUAAUAAUUCCUCAUCUGCUAAGGCUUCAUCAUUAAGAUCCCCCCCAUCUUCAAGCUCUAAUGCACAAAAGGGUAAUGCUGCUCCAUCUGCUAAGGCUUCACCAUUGAGAUCACCCACAUCUUCAAGCGCUAGUGCACAGAAGGGUAAUGCUGCUCCAUCUGCUAAGGUGUCACCCUUGAGGUCACCAUCAUCUUCAAGCUCUAGUGCACAGAAGGGUAAUACUGUUCCAUCGGCUAAGGCUUCGCCUUUGACAUCUCCUUUGAGAUCUCCUGUAGGUGUCUCAAAACGACCAAAUUCACUUGCCAACUCCACUUCUGCCAAGUUGCCUAUGGCAAAUUCAAAACCUCCUCAUCCAGGAGAUAAACCAAAGCCUCUUAUUAAUCAGAAAGUGUCUGGUGAUGUUAAAAAGGAAACAAAAUCAAUCAAAGAUUCUUCAAAGAAUUAUUCUGAAGAUUCAGAGGAUGAGGAGGAUAAUAAACCAUUGAGUGCUAGGUUGAAGGUGAACAGUAACCACAACAAAGCAACCCCGGUCAUCAUCAAGAAGUCUGAUGAUAAUUCUGAUUCUGAUGAUAAUGUCCCUUUGUCAACAAAGAUAAACUGGAAUUCAAACAUGGGAACAUCCAGUAGUAAUUAUGACAACUCUGAUCAGAAAAAGCCUAUUCCAAAAGUUCAGAAAGAGCCACAAAAUGGUUCUGGGGCAAGUAAUAAAAGACCCAUAGAUAACAGUAAUUCCAUGAACUCUUCUGCAAAGAAGUCAAAGAUUUCAGAGCCAGCCUCGUCAGUGAAGCCUAAGCAAAGCUCUAUGAAAGUUGAGCCAAAGGUAGAGGAUGAUGAUGAUGAUGUACCUAUUUCCCAGAGAAUCAAGAAAUCGGCCACAUCAGCUAAUAAAUCAUCUUCUAUAAAACAGGUGACAAAGAUCACUAAAGUUAAUAAGGCUAGUACCAAAUCUUUUAAGAAACAAGCCAAAAACAAGAAGUUGAAAAAAUCAGGAAGUGGUUCAGAAUAUUCCAAAUCCACUAAACUUCUUCCUAGCUCUGGUGACGGCCAGAAAAAAUGGACAACUUUGGUUCACAAUGGCGUCAUUUUCCCUCCUCCUUACAAGCCCCAUGGGAUAAAGAUGCGCUACAAGGAUCAAGAUGUUGAUUUAACUCCCGAGCAAGAGGAGGUUGCAACAAUGUAUGCAGUCAUGCUAGAUACAGAUUACAUGCUGAAAGAAAAGUUCAAGGAAAAUUUCUGGACUGAUUGGCGUAAAUUGCUAGGAAAGAAUCAUGUAAUUCAGAAUUUGAAAGAUUGUGACUUUAGACCAAUUUACAACUGGUUCCAAAGUGAAAAGGAAAAGAAAAAACAAAUGACUGCAGAUGAGAAGAAGGCCUUGAAGGAGGAGAAAACAAAACAAGAAGAGAAAUACAUGUGGGCCAUUGUUGAUGGUGUGAAAGAGAAGGUUGGUAAUUUCAGAGUUGAACCACCAGGAUUGUUCCGAGGCCGUGGGGAGCAUCCUAAGAUGGGAAAAUUGAAAAGGCGCAUUCAUCCAAGUGAUAUCACAAUUAAUAUUGGAAAGGAUGCUCCAGUUCCUGAAUGUCCUAUUCCUGGCGAAAAGUGGAAGGAGAUAAGGCAUGAUGAUACAGUUACAUGGUUAGCCUUUUGGAAUGACCCAAUCAAUCCAAAGUUAUUCAAAUACGUGUUUCUAGCAGCUAGUAGUGCCCUAAAGGGUCAAAGUGACAAGGAAAAGUAUGAGAAAGCCAGGAUGUUGAAGGAUUAUAUAGAGAACAUUAGGGCUGCUUACACAAAAGAUUUUAAGAGUAAAGAUAUUACUAAGCAGCAAAUCGCUGUUGCUACUUAUCUUAUUGAUAAAUUAGCUCUGAGGGCUGGCAAUGAGAAGGAUGAUGAUGAAGCUGAUACUGUUGGUUGUUGUACAUUAAAAGUGGAGAAUGUGACCAGAGAAGCUCCCAACAAACUGAAGUUUAACUUCCUUGGUAAAGAUUCUAUCAAGUAUGAGAAUACAGUUGAGGUUGAGCUUCCUGUUUACGAUGCAAUUUUGAAGUUCCAAAAAGAUAAGCGCCCCGGUGAUGAUCUUUUUGACAAGUUGGAUACAAGUAAAUUAAAUGCUCAUCUGAAGGAACUCAUGCCUGGCCUAACUGCAAAGGUCUUCCGUACAUUCAAUGCAUCUAUCACGUUGGAUGAUAUGUUGAAUAAGGAAACUAAAGAGGGUGAUGUUGGCGAAAAGAUUCUUGUUUAUCAACAUGCAAAUAAACAGGUUGCAAUCAUUUGUAAUCAUCAACGCAGUGUUUCAAAAUCUCACUCGUCACAAAUUGAAAGGUUAACAAACAAGAUUGGUGAGCUUCAGGAUGUUCUGAAGGAGCUAAAGACAGAUUUGGACAGAGCAAGGAAAGGAAGGCCCCCUCUAAAGGGUUCAGAUGGAAAGACAAAAAAGACCUUAGCCCCUGAAGCGCUAGAGAAAAAGAUCUCUCAAACCAAUGCAAAGAUUGAGAAAAUGGAACGCGAUAUGAAGACAAAAGAAGAUCUGAAAACUGUGGCAUUGGGCACGUCCAAGAUAAACUAUCUUGACCCUAGGAUUACAGUUGCCUGGUGCAAACGGCAUGAGGUUCCCAUUGAAAAGAUAUUCAACAAAUCGCUGCUGGCAAAAUUUACUUGGGCAAUGGAUGUGGAUCCUGAAUUCAGAUUCUGAGAUCCCUAAAUGGAGGGCAUGUUGCAAUGCUGCUGGGGGAAGACAUUUCUUUCUUACUCAUUUCUUCUCUAUAAUUUUUAUUUUAUUUUUUUUUUCUGUUUUUCUCAAGUCCAGCGGAAAUUAAUGUUGUAACUCAUCUAAUCUAA